AUGUAUUUGUUAUCAGCAAAACUGAUCCGCCCCUUCACCUUUCCUGUAGAAGAAUCCGUGAACCUUGUUAUUGACGCUGACAAUAACAUGUCAUCUCCGAACACUCUUGCAAGGGGACGCUGGGGUGGAUCUUCAGCGAAACGGGUGGCUUGCAGACACGCUAUAACCACGGCUGCAAGCCUCUUACAUGCGAGCUAUCUGUGGGCAACAGAGCUUCAAACUUGCUCUAGUCAUACAGAUACACCGAUACUGGCAAAUCGACGUGGUAUUGCAGAUUUGUCCGCGUAA